CUUUAACUUAGCCCACGUCCCCUGAAGGAACAACCUUGACCCGUUUGUUCCAAAACCUCAGUCUCCCAAUUGCAUCUCCUCUUGUGCGCACGAUUCGUUCUUUUAUCGUUCAGUCGCAUCAUAUUUCACAGCACAGAGCGAUCAUGGUGGAGAUCAAUUUCUUCGCGGCCCUGCUAUCCACAGUACUCCUUAGCCUCGUGACUGUGGCUAUCAUCAGGCCCCAAGAGACGUACAAGUACUUCCAGCGCAAGCGCUACCGAUAUGAUGUCACCCUCGCGCUUUACAUGCUUACGCCCACAGAGUGUUUCAUCUUCAACUCUAUCCUCUUCCUUACCCUGACGCUCCUCACAAUAGCGGCUUGCCUAUACCUACCGGACCAUGUCUCCACAAUCACAAGGAGGGUGUACUACUAUUGCUUCGGAGACAACGGUCUCGCCGGAGCUGCCGCAGCAACGGCCCUCAAAAAUGCCAGCGUUAUUGCGGAGAGCGUCGCCACUGCAGCUAGUAGGAAAACAAGUGGAGAAAUGGCAAGAGAGAUGCUGAACGUUCACUGAGUCGAGCCACUUCAAAACAAGGCAUGGGAGCUUGGAUCGUGUCCUUGUAGUAUCAAAGCAUAGCGCAGGAGUUAAGGGUAUUUUUGGUGUCAAUAGAGCAGUGUAUAUUCGAACGUCAAUCUUCAUUUCUAUUUCACUUUCCAAUCAUAGAGAAGCGCGUGGCAUCUGCUACGACAGUCAUAUAG